AUGCGACAAAAUACAGGUGUAAAUACCCACGGUCUUGAGAUUUGUUAUCAAAACUGUAGGGGAUUAAAUACUAAAACGCAUACAUUCAUGAAAAAUUUAACAUCUAAUUGCCAUAGUGUGAUCGCCAUUACUGAGAGCUGGUUGACUGAUAGUGUGUCUAGUGGUGAACUAUUUCCGCCUAAUUAUUCGGUUUACCGUAAGGAUCGUAAUACAGGAGCUCGGGGAGGUGGAGUUCUGCUGGCGGUGGAUGAUUGUGAGUACAAUUCUGAGAUAUAUGAGUUAAACUGUUCCAUAGAUAAAGUUGAUAUUUUGGCUGUAAAACUUUUUGGUUCCAAUCAUAUUCCGAUAAUCGUUAUGGUGGUUUACAUUCCCCCUGGAAUUUCUGUAAACGGGUAUGAUGAACUGUUUGAAUUGAUUGAGGACAAAUAUGAUGGUGGCAAUAUGGUUAUUGUUGGAGACUUCAAUAUACCGGAGCUUCUAAGUGUCUAUGAGGGGGCUGCACAUACGGGAUGUACGGCUCGUUUUGAUAACUUCCUGAACUUUUGUAAUUUGAGACAGUGUAACGUUGUGCGAAACCACAAUAACAGACUUUUAGAUUUGGUUGUUUAUCGGGAGGAUACCGCGUGUGAGGUGCUUUGUGAUGACGAUCCAUUAGUGCCGGUUGACCCGCAUCAUCCUGGACUUAUUGUGCGAGUUUCAUCCUGUCCUGCCAUACCAAGUAAUUUCACCUCUACUGCUAAACGGUAUGACUUCAAAAAAUUAGAUGUAGAAAAGUUUUGUCGACUCCUCGGUGGUACAGACUGGGGUCAGCUCUUGGGUGAUAUUGGGAAUGUACAUGAUGCUAGCGAUGUUUUCAACAAUACCGUUCAAGAUGUUAUCGCAAAGUGUGUUCCGAAGAAAAAAUGUUCCUCCCGUAAAUAUCCAUUAUGGUUCACAAAGGACUUGAUUCACAAAAUAAAAGUGAAAAAGCAUUAUCUGAAAAUGUAUAGAAAACACAGGCUGAUUUUUUAUCGUGAGCGCUUUAGAUAUUUCAGAAAAUCUGUUAAACUUGACAUAGAAUCGGCAUAUAGAGAUUUUAUACUGAGGUGUCAAGCUGAUUUGGAGAGUAGUCCUAGUAAUUUUUGGAAAUAUAUUAAUUCUAAACGAAAUAUAUCACGACUACCUGGGCACAUGUGCUUCAAUGAUAAAAUAUUGAAAACACCUAAGGACAUACUAAAUGCAUUCGCAGUUAACUUCAAGAGUGUUUAUGUUUGUGACAAUGAUACGCAGAAUUCUAACACUCCAUUUGUAGAAUCUUUCAACUUAGGUCCGGUAUUGAAUAUAGGUUUGAUUUCUGAGGAUAUGAUUAUAACGGCAUCAAAAAAACUAAAAAAUAAGUUCACUAUUGGUCCGGACGAUGUCCCGGUUAACAUUGUUAAAUCUCAUAUUCAACUAUUCGUUCAGCCAUUGCGUAUGCUGUAUAAUCUUAUGAUCACCUCCGGCACUUUCCCGAACAUCUGGAAAGUUUCGCGUAUAUGUCCCAUUCUGAAGUCCGGUAAGAAAUCAGAGAUCGUUAAUUAUAGACCUAUUGCCCUGAUAUCAGUUUUUUCCAAAUUAAUAGAGAUUAUUUUGUCUGAUAUAAUUUUCGAGCACGUACGAACAUCAAUUUCCGAAUUUCAGCAUGGUUUUGUCAGAUCUCGCAGUACAGUAUCAAAUCUCUCUGUAUUUACACAACAUGUAUCGAAAUCCCUGGACUCAAGGAAUCAGAUUGAUGUAGUCUACACAGACUUCAGCAAGGCUUUUGAUCGUGUAUCACAUAAACGAUUACUUAGGAAGUUGUUCAAAUUUGGCUUAUCGAAUGUUCUUGUAUCACUCCUUGAGUCCUUCUUGACCAAUAGGGAAUACUAUGUUGAAUAUGAAGGAUUGAGGUCAUUUUCAUUCACCGCGACUUCAGGCGUUCCGCAGGGAUCCAAUUUGGGACCACUCUUGUUUAUUUUGUUCAUUAAUGACAUUUUGGGUAUCAUUUGUUCACAUAAGUUGACGACCUCAAUAGGCUAUCUAGAUGGUGUGUUGAGAACGAAUUGCCUCUGA